AUGUACAACAUGAUGGAGACGGAGCUGAAGCCGCCGGGCCCGCAGCAAACUUCGGGGGGCGGCGGCGGCGGCGGCGGCGGCAACUCCACCGCGGCGGCGGCGGGCGGCAACCAGAAGAACAGCCCGGACCGCGUCAAGCGGCCCAUGAACGCCUUCAUGGUGUGGUCCCGCGGGCAGCGGCGCAAGAUGGCCCAGGAGAACCCCAAGAUGCACAACUCGGAGAUCAGCAAGCGCCUGGGCGCCGAGUGGAAACUUUUGUCGGAGACGGAGAAGCGGCCGUUCAUCGACGAGGCCAAGCGGCUGCGAGCGCUGCACAUGAAGGAGCACCCGGAUUAUAAAUACCGGCCCCGGCGGAAAACCAAGACGCUCAUGAAGAAGGAUAAGUACACACUGCCCGGCGGGCUGCUGGCUCCGGGCGGCAACAGCAUGGCGAGCGGGGUCGGGGUGGGCGCCGGCCUGGGCGCGGGCGUGAACCAGCGCAUGGACAGCUACGCGCACAUGAACGGCUGGAGCAACGGCAGCUACAGCAUGAUGCAGGACCAGCUGGGCUACCCGCAGCACCCGGGCCUCAACGCGCACGGCGCCGCGCAGAUGCAGCCCAUGCACCGCUACGACGUGAGCGCCCUGCAGUACAACUCCAUGACCAGCUCGCAGACCUACAUGAACGGCUCGCCCACCUACAGCAUGUCCUACUCGCAGCAGGGCACUCCUGGCAUGGCGCUUGGCUCCAUGGGCUCGGUGGUCAAGUCCGAGGCCAGCUCCAGCCCCCCCGUGGUUACCUCUUCCUCCCACUCCAGGGCGCCCUGCCAGGCCGGGGACCUCCGGGACAUGAUCAGCAUGUACCUCCCCGGCGCCGAGGUGCCGGAGCCCGCCGCCCCCAGCAGACUUCACAUGUCCCAGCACUACCAGAGCGGCCCGGUGCCCGGCACGGCCAUUAACGGCACACUGCCCCUCUCGCACAUGUGA